GACCUACCGCCAGACCGCUACUGUCCGACACCCAAUCGGCAACAACGCGUGUUCGACUAGUCAACCGUCGUCAUCCCCUUUGUUAGUCCCGAAAAUUACGAAAUUGUUUGUGUACGCGAUGUGAAGAAAAUAGUGGGGAUGCGCAACUUCGACCAAUAUACAACUAUUGCAGACAUACCUGUCUAUUUUGUCACGGUAGUUCGUGCACGCCCCCUCUCUGCCGCACUACUCGCAGGCUGUACCACUACUUAAUGUCUCCCUAGUGAGCGUCUUCGUACUUCGUUGAUUUUUUUUUGUUUUUCCACAAAUUUCUUUUCACGUCUGGCGUUGUCACUCGUCCUUCGGGCCGCCAUCGACGACCGCAGGUGCAGAACUCUGUCACAUCGCAAAUCGCAGCUUCACCGUCCGAGUCACCACCGUGUACGCUUCAUCGUCGUCGACUUUGUGCGUGCGACCACGUUGGUGGUGAUCCACAGACAGCCAGCCGCCCGCCCAACGUCGACCAGCCAUCCUGCCUGUACAUCGCGCCGUGCUCCGACGAUAUAGUGUUGUUGUUCUACACUGUCCGCUUGAUCACGAUCGCCACAAUCCUUUGAAUCAUUAUAGAUGGACGAUUACUCUGCUAUGCGAAGGCAUUUGCCAUUUGCAGACUAUGAUGAAGACGACAACUACAUGGGAGAAGAAGACAACAAUGAAGAAGAGAGUUCUGAAAUUUUAAAAUUAAGAGCUGAAAAGGAGGCUGCCUUAAGUCGUUUCUCUCCUGAAGUUAGGAAAUCAGUAGAUUCAUUACUUGAUGAGCUGCUGUGUAAAACUAUAUUUAAUGUUCAUAAAGAAUUAAAAUUAGGAAUUCUUGAUCCAAGUCGGUAUGAUUCUAAUUACGAAAGACGCGUUAACUCUCCAACCUUAGUACAUAUUGCUGAAAAUUUGAAUAUCACUAAACCAACUCAGGAAGUUGAUUGUCCGAAAUGUUUUGUACCAGUGAAGUGUCUUUUAUUAUCUAAACAUUUAGCAUUAUGUAUGAAUCCACACCAAAGCACUUAUUCUUAUAGUAGUAGAAAUAGUUCUCGAAUAGCUCGACAGCGUAUACAAGAAGGUUUUAAGACCGCUUAUGACGAAUCUAAAAAUGAUAGUGAAGAUGAACGAGUUAAACCAAAAAGACGUAACAACAAAGGAAAAAAGUCCACAAACAAAAGCUCAAGAGAUAAUUCACGUUCAAAAGACUCGACUUACUAGCCAUCUUGAGCAUUAUCACACCCCACCAUAUGCUCCAUCCCCAACCGACUAAACAAAAAAGCACCGUGAACAGCUGAGCAGCGGCCACGACGAAGUUCACGCAGAACGCGCCUACCCUGGACUGGAACGUGUCGUUGACCGUGAAUCUUGGCUUUCCGACGCACAGGCACAGCAUCCCGCUGGAGAACGUGCCUAUCAACCACAUAAAUAACACAGAUAAUAUUUAAAAUUAUAAUUUUUUUCUAUACUCAAUAUUCAUCAAGUUCAUAAUAUUUCGCGUAGUAAUAAAAAGUAAAUAUAUGUUAGAAAUUUAGAAAUUUUUUGUAGUUAGUUGUGGGAUUGUAAUUAAUUAUUAACUGAAAAUUAAUAUGUAAUGUUUUUUUUUUAUUUAAUUUUUAAAAAUUUUUUUUUUAAGUUUACUUUAUACCUACUCAAUGGAUAAUAAUAAAUAAUAAUUAUUUUAUAUAAGUAUAAAACCAAUUGUUGACCAGUACCUAAAACAAAAAAGAUGUUUCAGAAAUUGGAUGAAAUUAUUUGGUACUUUUUAGCUAUUUGCCUAUUUGUAUUUUCUAUAGAAUUUUUUAAUGUUUGAAAAACAUGCUAUUAAAAGUAAGGAGAUUCAAUGACUGUAAUUUUGUAUCAUUCAAAAUAUAUUUGAUUAAUCGUAACCUACAUGUGUAAAAUAAUGUAUAAGUAGUUUAUUUUAUAUUCUUUAUAUAACAGUGUGCUGUGUGACCUUGCGGGUAUGCAAUUUUAAUUUUAAUUCGUUUAUUGUAAUACAUCCUACAUUUUAUUAUUUGAUCGACAAAAAUGAAUAAUAUGCAUAAUUGUACAUUGCAUAUUUGAAUCAAAUUGUUUUCUUCAACUUGAUUCUUGAUAUUAUGUGUAAAAUAAUUUACAUAGGUAGUUCAUAAAUUAGUUUACGCUAGUCUUAAGUCCAUUCUAAUACAAUAAUUAUAAUACCGACUUAUAAACGUAAAAGUAAUAUAAUUAGAGAACACCUAUGUUAUUUAGUUUAAUCAACAAAAAUGUAUGAUAUAACCUUUUAAACUUUAAAAAUUUAAAAUUUAAUGUAACUACAUAUUAUAUUUC